AUGGAGAUCGUAGCAGUAGAUCGAUGGCUGCUUCAGUUCGCGGCGGUGGACGAAGAAGAGAGCGAAGCUGUGGCUAUCAGCUGCGUCGAGUUCCUGCUGUCCGAGACCAAAGCGUACUACCAGCAGCGAUGUCUGGCUCGAGAAGCGGUUCGAGCAGUCAGCACUCGGCUCCGGGACAAUGUUCUUGAUACAGUUUUUGCCGCUGCACUUGGCGCUGAACAAGCGCUGGAUAGUCACCGGUUCGAAGCCGAGAGCAGACCUGAAGCUGAGCUAAAAGAUCGCCAUGCUGUGCGCAGUGUUCCAUCCAAGAGUCCCGAAAAGCCCGCAUCGACCUUACAAGCUCUGAUGGUUAGAAAAUCUUCGUCCUCGCCGGCAUCGCGUGUUGGGAGUUCUCCGGAAAAACUUCGAUCCCGAGCAGGUGGAUUGCCCUCGAGACGAAGGCGGAAAGUCGACAAAGUCGAAACUGAGAAGCCCACAGCGAUUUAUUCGCCUCCCGUGCAAACGAUCGAGACCGAGUUUCAAGACGACGAGAAACCCGAAAUCAAAGAAUGGCGCGAGAAGUGCUUGAAAAGUCUCGAGACGUCAACGAAGAAGAGCAGUUUGUCCAAGUGGGUCACGGUUGCGCGAGCUUUCGCGAUCCCAGACAGUCGGGUCUCCAUGGAGGUGGGGGUGAUCGCAGCUCCUCCUGCCAAUAUCGCGGCGCUUGCUGCGACCCCCGUACGGAUGAAGACCAAUGUCGACAGCUUCUCUUCAAUCCUCGACCCUAAGGCGGAGGUGGAAGAGCCU